GUAAUCGCUUCAUCUCAAAAUCUCUAAUGAUCAAAUGCCAGUCUUUUAUUGGAGCAAAGUGAAACAGAUGUCUCAGACCAAUUUCUGUACCCAGAAGUGCUUAAAAAUAAGCAAUAAUUUGGUUCUAGUGCCACUUCCACUAGUAGUGAGUGGAUGAAUAGAAAACCCACAUUUUCUGCUCAGAUUCAAGUAUAAAAACCCCAUCACACACAGAUUAUUUCAUUGCACCAUUGUGGAAUUGUGAGAUAUAACUUUUCAUUAACUUCAAACUUCUGCAUUGUGAACCAACACAAAAAUGGCAGCUGCAGUGAAAUUUAUUUGCGUGUUAGGGUUUCUUGCAGUUUUUAGCAUUGCUAUGAUUGAAAGGGUUGAUGGGGCAAGUGCUUGUGGAAAAGCUAGUCCAGACGAAGAGGCCGCCAAGCUUGCUCCUUGUGCAGAUGCCGCACAAGAUGAAAAGGCUGCUGUUUCCGCUAGUUGCUGUCAGAUAGUCAAGAGGAUGGGACAAAACACUAGCUGCCUCUGUGCCAUCCUGCUUUCUGACGCCGCCAAGAGCUCUGGCGUCAAGCUUGAGGUUGCGAUAACCAUUCCUAAGCGCUGCAACUUAGCCAACCGCCCAGUCGGUUACAAGUGCGGAGGCUAUACCCUGCCGUGAAUGAAGGUAAGGAAAGGUUGAAGGCUUAGGCCAUGGAGUCGUACGUCUGGUUAAUAUAUUUGAAGUAGUUGGCUACUAGUGUGACUAAUUAAGUAGGAUUACUGCUUUGUAAAUUGGCAAUAAAUUAAAGCUAGUAGCCCGUAUCAUGUAUAUGUAUCCUUCCUUCUCGUACAAUAAAAAUAUGCAAUUUCCCGGAA